GCGGCCGCGCGGGGCUGCCCGCCGGAACCCGCGGCGCGCCGCUCAUGCGAGACCCCUGCGGCCCGGUCAGCGCGCAGCGACCCCCGGCCGGGCCAGGCAUGUGAAGAUGUCAGUGGGCUGUGCAUGCCCUGGCUGUUCCUCUAAGUCGUUCAAGCUGUACUCGCCAAAGGAGCCCCCGAACGGCAACGCCUUCCCCCCUUUCCACCCGGGCACCAUGCUGGAUCGAGAUGUGGGUCCUACUCCCAUGUACCCACCGACGUACCUGGAGCCUGGAAUCGGGAGGCACACGCCGUACGGGAACCAGACUGACUACAGGAUAUUCGAGCUCAACAAGCGGCUGCAGAACUGGACAGAGGAAUGUGACAAUCUGUGGUGGGAUGCCUUCACCACGGAGUUCUUUGAGGAUGACGCCAUGUUAACAAUCACUUUCUGCUUGGAGGAUGGACCAAAGAGAUACACGAUUGGCCGGACUCUGAUUCCCCGUUACUUCCGCAGCAUCUUUGAAGGGGGGGCCACAGAGCUCUACUACGUGCUCAAGCACCCCAAGGAGUCCUUCCACAACAACUUCGUCUCGCUGGACUGUGACCAGUGCACCAUGGUCACGCAGCACGGCAAGCCCAUGUUCACCCAGGUGUGUGUGGAGGGGCGGCUCUACCUAGAGUUCAUGUUCGACGACAUGAUGAGGAUAAAGACGUGGCAUUUCAGCAUCCGCCAGCAUCGAGAGCUCAUCCCUCGCAGCAUCCUUGCCAUGCAUGCACAGGACCCCCAGAUGCUGGACCAGUUAUCCAAGAACAUCACCCGCUGUGGGCUCUCAAACUCCACACUCAACUACCUCCGACUCUGUGUAAUCCUAGAACCAAUGCAGGAGCUCAUGUCACGGCACAAGACCUACAGCCUCAGUCCCCGGGACUGCCUCAAGACUUGCCUCUUCCAGAAGUGGCAGCGGAUGGUGGCUCCGCCUGCGGAGCCAGCACGGCAGCAGCCAAGCAAGCGCCGGAAAAGGAAGAUGUCGGGGGGCAGCACCAUGAGCUCCGGUGGGGGAAACACCAACAACAGCAACAGCAAGAAGAAGAGUCCAGCCAGCACCUUUGCCCUGUCCAGUCAGGUACCUGAUGUGAUGGUGGUAGGCGAGCCCACGCUGAUGGGGGGGGAGUUUGGGGACGAGGACGAGCGGCUCAUCACCCGGCUGGAGAACACGCAGUUUGACGCCGCCAACGGCAUCGACGACGAGGACAGCUUCAACAACUCGCCUGCGCUGGGGGCCAACAGCCCCUGGAACAGCAAACCGCCCUCCAGCCAGGAGAGCAAGUCAGAGAACCCCACGUCGCAGGCGUCGCAGUAACGGCCCCCCCGCCGCCCCGUGGACUCAGUCCCAACCGAUCUACCUGUACAUUUGCAACGGAGAGUAACUGGGAAGCGGCGAGGUACUGGGGGCAGAUCGGCGGUGCACGGCCAAGCGAGCAGCCCCCAGCCCUCUGCCCCCGCCGCCUCCCUGCUCCCCCCACGCCUGCCUCCCCGCCGGACCCCAGUGCAGGGGUGGGUUUCCGGGGCUGUAGCUGCGUUACUCCCUCUUCUCCCUCUUCCUCCCUGCUUCUUCCCUGGAGAGCUUCUCAUCCCUGUCCCCCGAUGUGCCCAGCCCCAGCCCGCUGGAAUUAGGAGGGAGGUGUCGGCAUGACCGGGAAGCC